AUGCCAUUUUCUCUGCCAUCUUUCAAGUAUCCGCUUGCGCGCCCGGAUGAGGGAUAUUGGAACCCCGUCACCUCGACGAUCAACUGGUGCGAAGAGGAUUACUACGCGACCAUCUACUCGGCCGAAAUCGUCAAUACUCUCACGAACCUACUGUUCAUAUGGCUCGGGGUCAAGGGCAUUCGCAACUGUAUGAAACAUGGCCAUGACAGUAUCUUCAUCGCCUCGUUCUUGGGUUACCUGCUAGUUGGGAGCGGAUCCUUUGCUUUUCAUAGCACCCUGAAGUACCCGAUGCAGCUGGUGGAUGAGCUUUCCAUGAUCUACACGGCGAUUAUCAUGUGCUAUGCCACAUUCUCAUUCUCGCAGUCUCGACUGAACCGGAUAUUGCUCGGGGUCGGAUUGUCCGGAUUGGCAGUAUUCAUUACGCUGUACUAUCACUAUCUCCAAGACCCAGAAUUCCACCAGAACGCCUUCGCCCUCCUCCUCAUUGUGAUCAUGGCUCGAAGCACAUACGUGAUGGAAGUAAACAUCAGACCGAGCCUGAAGGAAAAGUACGGCAUGAAAUCCCGCAAAACCAUUGGAUCAGAGCCUCUCGCAGCUUCAGAAAGUGUGGCGAAUGAUCUGCGGGACACGGCUAUCCUCAAGAAUAUGUGGUUGAUGGUAACAAUUGGCCUGGCUAUCUUCUUGGGCGGUUUUGGAAUCUGGAACUUGGAUAACCUCUACUGCUCCACUGCACGGCAGUGGAGACAUCAGGUUGGAUUGCCUUGGGGGAUCCUGCUUGAGGGACACGGGUGGUGGCAUUUGAUGACUGGAGUUGGAGCCUAUUAUUACAUUGUCUGGGCUAUUUGGUUGCGUCACUGCCUCAACGAGCGGAAAGACGAGUUUGUGCUGAACUGGCCAUCGAUUUGGUCCAUCCCAGAAGUUACCUCUUGCUCAACUGCUGAGAAAAGCAACGGGUGGUCAAAUGGCUACUACAGUAGCUACACUAACGGUCACCUAACCGGAAAAGCGAAUGGGAGAGCGAGGGGUCAUGGGAAUCGUGAGGACAGAAAGUCUGUUUAG